CAUUUUCCUGUGUCCGCAGUUCUAGGCACGCUGUAAAAGCCGAGGUCUGAGGUUGAGUGAAAUGGGUUCGAAUGAGGCAGACCCGAGAUUCUCUCAGAGAAUACAGGCUUUACUUCAGCAUUUACGAAGCCCCCAACCCACCGGUAUCAACAAUUCCUCGUCAAGCCAAUUCAGACCCAUCAAGAGAGCUUCCGUCUUGAUCUGCCUUUUCGAGGGGGAUGACGGGAAUUUGCGCGUACUUCUCACUUUGAGAGCUUCGUCGCUGUCAACCCACUCAGGCGAAGUUGCGCUGCCCGGUGGGAAGAGAGAAGAAGGCGAUCCUAACGACGUGGAGACGGCCUUGAGGGAGGCGAAGGAGGAGAUUGGUUUGGACCCUUCUCUUGUUACUGUUGUUACUUCUCUUGAGCCAUUUGGCACCAAGUAUGGUGUGACAAUAACUCCUGUUAUUGGCAUACUGUCAAACAAGGAUGCUUUUACUCCAAUGCUAAAUCCAAAUGAAGUUGAAGCCCUAUUUGAUGUUCCAUUGGAGAUGUUCCUCAAGGAUGAAAAUAGGAGAGCUGUGGAAAAAGAAUGGAUGGGAAAGAAGCAUUUAGUACAUUUCUUUGAUUAUGAAGUUGAUAAUAAGAAAUAUGUGAUCUGGGCUGUAACUGCGGCUAUGUUAAUCAGAGCGGCGUCACUUGUAUACCAGCGGCCACCAGCAUUUCUGGAGUUGAGGCCGAGCAUAUGGGGAGGACUUACUGAAAAUGACAUUUUAAUACUGCAAAGUAGUUCUAAACAGUGAUCUACUCAAUUUUUUUCUCCUCUUAAUAUUGUAUGAUCAUUGCAAGCCACGAAUCUAUUAAUGACAAAUAAAUGGCUUUUUUUUUUUUUUU